CCUCUUUCCCGGCCAUUGUCAGCCGGGCUGGAGGGCGGCAAGCGUUGUGGUGGCGGCGGCGGCGGGGCAGGAGGAGGGAAUGAGCGAGGAGGAGGCGGAGGAGCCUUGCGGGAACGCGAGGAGCGGCGGCGGCGGCGGCAGUAUAGAGCAAAUGCUGGCCUCCAACCCCGGCAAGACCCCUAUCAGCCUGCUACAAGAGUAUGGGACACGCAUAGGCAAAACCCCCGUCUAUGAUCUGCUGAAAGCCGAAGGACAGGCACACCAGCCCAACUUUACCUUUCGUGUCACAGUCGGUGACAUCAGCUGCACUGGCCAAGGGCCUAGCAAAAAGGCAGCCAAGCACAAGGCAGCAGAGGUGGCGCUUCGGCUUCUGAAGGGAGGAAACAUGUUGGAGCCUGCUGCCAUGGAGGAAGCCAGCUCUCCUUUUUCUCUAGAGCCCCUGGCUCAGACCACCAUCCCAGCUGCCGCACCUGUGCCCAUCUUGCCAGUUGCAUCACCCAGAAGCUCCCCAUUGGAAAUGAAGUCCCCAGUAUCACCGCAGCAGUCGGAGUGCAAUCCGGUUGGGGCCCUGCAGGAGCUGGUAGUGCAGAAGGGCUGGCGUUUGCCUGAAUACACUGUCACUCAGGAAUCAGGACCAGCACACCGCAAGGAAUUUACCAUGACCUGCCGCGUCGAAAGAUUCAUUGAAAUAGGCAGCGGCACUUCCAAAAAGUUGGCCAAGCGGAACGCUGCAGCCAAGAUGCUGGUGCGAAUCCACAACGUGCCUCUGGACCCUCGAGAGGGCAGUGAGGCUGAAGUGGAGGAGGACCAGUUCUCUAUUACUGCAGGAAACAAAAUGGAUGGAGUGAAAGGGCGGGGAUCCGGCUGUACCUGGGACUCUUUGCGCAACUCAGCUGGAGAAAAGAUUUUGCACCUGAAGAGCAAUCCCCUUGGGGUGCUGAAUGCUGGUUUCUGCAGCCUCUUGGAGGAGCUCUCAGAAGAGCAGAGUUUUGACAUCAGCUACCUCGAUAUUGAUGAGAUGAGCCUGAGUGGGCUGUAUCAGUGCUUGGUGGAACUCUCUACGCAGCCGACCACUGUGUGCCACGGCUCAGCCACCUCUCGCCAUGCGGCCCGGGCAGAUGCUGCCCGCAAUGCCCUUCAAUACCUCAAAAUCAUGGCAGGGGGCAAAUGAGCCUCCCGCGAAUAGCACUGAUGACUUGGCAGCUGGGGAUUCCCAAACACUUGAGAUCCCCCUAAUUCUUUCCUUUCCCCCUUCCUGCCUGCUAAGGAGAGGGCUUCCUUUCCUUGCUAUGAAAUGGCAGCAAGGUGGGGAGACCGCUGGCAGGGUCUGCAAGAGGAAAAGCUCCCAAGUUCUGAUGGGUUGUUAUUUUCAGCAGGAAUCAAGACUUGGAGGGAGCUGGUUUGUCCACAGCAGACAAGAGGUUGAUGGCUCUGACUGGUCUUGAGGGCUAGUUGCUGGUACUGCCAUCCGGAAACCUUGGUUUUUCCCCUCCUCCUCCUCCUUUUCCUCCUCUUCCUCCUCCGUGGCUCACAUGAGGCCACCCUGGUUCUUCUUGGUCAUGAUGGUGGAACCAAACAUUAAUUCUGCUAUGGCUGGGAGGAUGCAAUAAAUUGGAUUUUUUAAA